UAUAUAUAUAUAUAUAUAUCGACUCAUUUUCUUCUUCCUUCUCUCUCUUACCCGAUAAUAUCUCUGCAAGGCGAGAUCGACCUUCUCUGCUUAAUCGGAGGAGAUGGAUAGUUAUCUGAGGUGAUCGGACGUUUUAUAAUCAUCUCCACCGUCGCCGACUGUCAAUGUCGACUGUGGUGCAGCUAAUCGGCCAGUCGAUUCAUGGAAAACGGUGAGUCUCCUUCACCAAACUUGGUGAGAGCUAACUUUGAGUUCUUAAAGAAACUUGGUGUUGAAUGGUGGUGUUUCCAUGACAGAGAUAUAGCACCUGAUGGCAGUACACUUGAGGAAUCUAACAAAAACUUGGAGUUACGCUGCUGCUCAAGUGAAGAAGGCAAUGGAGGUGACACAUUACUUGGGCCGUGAAAACUACGUUUUCUGGGGUGGCCGUGAAGGUUAUCAGACGCUCUUGAACACUGACAUGGGAAAAGAGCUUUAUCAUCUGUUUGGUCAGGGAGACCAUGGUAGACUUGUGAUCAGUUUGGUCGGGUCAACAAAUGGCAACAACUAGAGAAUUCAAGCAAGAUGAUUUGAUUGAACAUAUAUGGCAAAAGUUUGGCGCAAAUCAAGGUUACAAUCAAGAUUACAACUAAUCUAUUAUCACAUUUAUGAUUUGUAUUCCUAUUUUUACUAUGCUUUUAUAAUUUGUUAAGUUUAAAACUUAAUGUUUAAAAAUUUAUGAAAUGCUAUUAUUUCUCAUUUUUAUACAA